AUGAAGUUUGUGAUCUUUGCCGUGCUGGCCGUCGUGGCUACUGCCGCCCCUCAGUAUGCAGCCCCCGCGGCACCAUCACGUUACAGUGAGUCAAGCGAAGAGAUCCCCAUCCUGAAGGACGAACGUAUCCAUGAAGAAGAUGGCAGGUACAACUACGAAGUGGAGACUGGAAAUGGCAUCAGGUUGUCCCAGUCCGGUUCCCCUGACGGCCCAGAAGGUGCUGUGGUUAAAUCCGGACAAUACUCCUACACUGCUCCUGACGGUACAUCUGUCGAAGUGAAGUUCGUUGCUGAUGAGAACGGCUACCAGCCAGAGUCUGACUUGCUCCCAGUGGCACCCGAGUUUCCCCACGAAAUCCCUCAGUUCGUGCUGGAUCAGAUCGCUAAGGCUGCUGAAGAGGACGCUGCCCUCUCACGAGGUCCUUCUGCUUCUUACGGUGCCCCUCAAUAA